AUGGCGGCUAAGCCCGAGAAGCUGGACCCCGUAUGGGAUGAUCUCGAUAGGACCAUGGGCCAACUGUUCAUGAUGGGCUUCGACGGGACUUCCAUCACGCCGCACAUCAAGACGCUCAUCGAGAAGCACCACCUGGGUUCGAUAUUGCUGACAGCAAAGAACCUCAAAUCCGCAGAAGAGACCACCAAGCUGUGCUAUGAGCUUCAAAGGAUUGCCCACGAUGCAGGCCAUCCAGUGCCCCUGGCCAUCGGCAUUGACCAGGAGAACGGCGGCGUCAACAGUCUGUACGAUGAGAUCUAUGUCCGCCAGUACCCUAGCAGCAUGGGCAUGGCAGCGGCAGGCUCGAUUGAGCUCGCCUACGAGGUCGCAAAAGCCACUGCACAAGAGAUAUCCGCCUGUGGCAUCAAUUGGAUCUUCGGCCCAUGUCUCGAUGUGCUCACAAAUGCUCGAAACCAGCCGCUCGGUGUCAGAACAGCUGGCGACGACCCCCAGGAAGUAUCCGCCUAUGGCGUAGCCUUUAUGAGAGGCUAUAAAGAUGCUGGCAUUGUUACCCUAGGCAAGCAUUUCCCGUCUUAUGGUAACCUUGAAUUUCUGGGUUCAACCUUGGACGUUCCAAUCAUCACCGAAUCGCUGGAGCAAUUGAGCCUCAGUGCGCUGAUACCAUUCCGAGAAGCUAUUCAACAAGGCCUCGACUCUAUGAUGGUCGGCGGCUGUGCCAUGUCGUCCGCCGGUCUCAACGCCAUGCACGCCUGUUUGUCUGAACAGGUCGUUGACGACUUACUUCGUAAACAGAUGAACUUCGACGGUGUCGUCGUGUCAGAAUGCUUGGAGAUGGAUGCGCUCAGUCACAACAUUGGUGUCGGCGGUGGCACCGUCAUGGCUGUCAAUGCCGGUUGUGAUAUUGUCCUGCUCUGUCGUUCCUUCUCGUUUCAACAAGAAGCACUCAAGGGGCUCAAGACAGGUAUCGAAAACGCAAUGAUCUCCAAAGCGAGGGUAUACCAUUCGCUGCGCCGGGUGUUGAACAUGAAGUCGAAAUGCACAUCUUGGGAGAAAGCACUGAAUCCGCCCGGCAUUGGUCUACUUGAGAACCUGCAACCGUCACAUACUGCCUUGUCCACACGAGCGUAUAACGGGUCUAUCUCCGUGGUGCGGGACAAGAACCGACUCCUACCUCUCUCUAACAUACUCGAGAAUGAGGAAGAGCUUUUGCUGCUGACCCCUCUGGUCAAGCCGCUGGCUGCUUCUGCUGCCUCGCGACAACUUUCCGAAUCCGCGAAUACCAAUUCACCAGAACCUGCUGCAUGGGCGCAGAGCUCGUCUGUCAUGAGCGGAGAAAGGGUUUUUCGAGAACUAGGAAGAUCUCUGGCACGACAGCGCAAUGGACGCGUUCUACACACGUCGUAUACGUCAAAUGGUGUGCGACCAGUCCACGAGAAUCUCAUCAAUCGUGCAAGCGCCAUUGUGAUCAUCACAGCGGAUGCCAAUCGGAACCUCUAUCAAAAUGGUUUCACAAAACACGUCUCGAUGAUCUGCAAUAUGCAAUACACCACCGGCGGCGAGAAGCGUGAGAAGCCGUUGAUCGUCGUCGCUGUCAGUUCGCCGUACGAUUUUGCCAUGGACUCCUCCAUCGGGACGUACAUAUGCACCUACGACUUCACGGAAACUGCAUUGAAUUCUCUUGUCAAAGUACUGUAUGGAGAGAUUUCACCCACCGGAAAUCUACCGGGAACGAUCAGCAAGAGCCAGAAGUUGCAUUCGUCGAGACAGCACUGGCUCGUCGAGAUCUAUAAUGAAGAAAGAGACGCAAACGCCCUCGACAGCCUGAUCACUGCAGUAAUGGAAGGCACACCACCAAACCAACGUUCAGAACUCUCAAGCGCGACAUCGAACUCGUUCAUUCUACACGAUAAGGAGGUAGAAGAGACUCAUUUCGUCGUUCGCAAUAGCAGCACCAGCGCGCUAUACGGCUUUUGCUCCACCUACUUCUUCAAAUCUACAGGUACCGGUGUCAUAGGUGCUCUGUUUGUUGACCCCGGACGGAGGAAGCUGUCGAUAGGUCAUUCGCUCCACAACAGAGCUAUUCGCACAUUGCUGCAAAGAGAUGGAAUCAAACGAUUUCAACUCGGCUCGCGCUUACCCAGCAUCUUUCUUGGAAUACCAACAGGCCACACUACGGAGCGCAAACGUCUGCGUUCUUGGUUCGCCAAUCUCGGGUGGAACGCUGCACUGUCUCGGUCAGUAUGCAACAUGGUGGCACGCAAUCUGCAGGCAUGGUCUCCGCCAGAGGGUAUGGCAAAGAGUCUAGCCAGUGCAGGCGCACAAUUUGACAUUGUCUAUGGGUGGGAUUAUGCGAGUCCCAUCUUGGAUCACAUCAAGACAAGUAAUCGCCAAGGGCUUGCCGAAGUCUACAAGAUUGCACUAUCGGAUCCUUCGGCGUGUGGCAUCCUACGAGCGAAGCGGCCGGAAGACGGCGCUUUGGUGGGUACUGUCGUGCUUUACGACCACCGCUCGGCCUUGUACGAAUUCAUCCCACCUUUGAAAGACCUCAAAGAAGCCGCGGGAGGCAUAUCAUCACCCGUCAUCUCGCCUGGUGUAGGCGAAUAUUCGACAUUGCUGCAGGGAUUGGUUCUGCUCGGGAUGCGGCAGAUCAAGAAGUUAGGCGGCAACGCAUGUUUGCUUGACUACAUGGAUGGCGAUGGAAACUUUGACGGGUUCUCAGCGAUGGGGUUUGAGGUAUUGCACAACUUCGAGGAAGUCAGCUGCGACGCAGCGACAUGGACGAUGAUACCUCCCUCUUGA